AAAAAUUCUCUAUGAAUUCUUAAGUCCAUGUCGAUCAACUCCGAGCACUUUCGUCGGAUCGACGAAAGAGUCCGGGCCGGAUCGAAGUUCGAUGAAAAUGUCGCGUUUCGGUGUCUCGAUGGGGUGUUUUUACACUUGCCGCGACCGUACAAAUGUGUCGAGAUUCGGGACAAGGGUGUGGAACUUGACAGAGAGGCCCAUUGAUCUGCAAAUAAGGGUGGGAUCUUUGUUGAAGAGAGCACACACAUUGAAGCCAGGGAAUUCAAAGAGAUUGAAAUGCAAGAGUAUAUACAAAGCAUACAUGCCAGUAAGUGGUGGGAGGCAUAGCUUCUAUUAUGAUGAGACAUGCCAACCUUAUGUUUGGAUACAAGAUAGUGUGAGUGAUUUUUCAAGGAUGGUUAAGCAACAAUACAUUAGUCUUGAAGAUUUGAGGGAUUGUUCUGAGAUUAGGAUUUAUAGGGACCAUGAAAGAGGUUGCAUUUUGGUGCACAAGAAACCAAGGCCUGAUUUCUGUUGAAUUUGCGAGUCUGCACAAGUGGGGCCACUAAUUCAAUCAUCUGAACCGUUGAUUUGGUUUCUCUACAUCUGCAAAUGGUCAGCCAAACAUGUUCCAUAGUUAUGAUCUUAUCUGUGCAAUAUUUGCCUCCCUUUUUUGAACCGUUGGUGCAUAUUUUUCUAAGCCAUUAAGCAGAAGGUUAGAAUCGUUU